UGCAGUGCAAUACUAAGCGAAGUCAGCCCUUUUGGCAAUGCACUGAUGACCACCAGUCUUGGGGGACGCUUGAUAGAACAAGACCUCGGACUGCGCAUCGCGAUGUGAGACGCACGACAAGGCAUCGGCGGAAAGAAGACUCGGCUCCAGUUAGACCUUGCAGUUAAUGUUUACUAUUUCGUCAUUUUUUUUUUGUUCAUUAGCGUUACCAUGGAUACCAGAGGAGGAGAAACGAAGGACAAAAUGAAGAAUAUAACGAAAAUUGCCGCGAGCCCAAGACAGAUCUUGUGUGUUCUGAUAGUAGCUUGCACGCCAACCCUCAACGGCAUGCUAAGCGGGUGGACAGCUGUGUUGCCCAAGUUGCAAGAGGACUCGAGCAGGUUCACGGUGACGGUUCAGGACGUCACUUGGUUAGCGUCCUUAAACCUAAUAGUAGGUAUCGGGGCCUGUCCAUUGGCCGGAACCCUGGGGGAACUUGUGGGUCCUUGCCGUCUUCUGUUCCUGGCGAUGUUCCCCGUGCCUGUUUUCUGGCUCAUACAGGCCUACACGCCGUGGCUCCCUCUGCUGUACGUGUGUCGAGCUGCCCUGGCGAUCAGCACGUCCAUGUUGUGCACGAUGGUACAACCGCUGGUCGCUGAGCUGUGCCCCGUCGAGAUCAGAGGCUUGGCGGGGACCUUGCCCGAGGUGAUGGGCUGUGCUGGGAUCCUGCUCUCCUACGUCCUGGCUUACCUGCUGCCUUGGGACGUGGCCACGGCGGUGUCGGCCGCUCCCUUCGUGCCACUGGUCUUGCUCUUGCUUCUCGUGCCCGAGUCUCCGUAUUGGCUUGUGAGGAAGAAGAGGCUCGACGCCGCCGAGAGGUCUUUGCGAGUCCUGUUGGGCCGCAGCGCUGACGUCACGAAGGAACUCGACGCCAUCAGGAGUACCACAACCCUUAAGCAGUCCAAGGUCAAGAACCAGUUACAAGAGCUUCGCCGAGGUCGUAACAUCCGUCCCGUGGUGCUGAUCAUUGCUCUGUUCGUCCUGAGGGAACUCGGCGGGAAAGCCCCCGUCUACAGCUACACCGUCUACAUGUUUCGCAGCGCGGGAGUAGAGCUGGACGCCUUCUACUGCACAGUGUUCGUCGGAUUAACUCGUUUUGGCGCUACUUUAGUGUCAGCUUUCAUCCUGGAUUACCUGGGCCGAAAGCCGGUGCUAGUGGCGUCAGCGACGAUAUCGGCCCUGGCUCUGGCUGCCGCCGGCGCCACUGUCUACCUGGAGGUGGUGGAGGCGUCGUGGGUGCCCUUGGCGGCCAUGCUGGUGUAUGUGGGGGCGUACGCAAUCGGUCUCGGCCCUAUCUUGUGGGCUUACCUCGGCGAACUCCUUCCGACCCCAGUGAGAUCCAUGGCAGCGUCUAUAAUUACCUUCUUCCACUUCUCCUCCUCCUUCGGCGUAAACUACAUGUUCCUUGAGGUCGUAGCGACCUUCGGACUCGGUCGGACGCUGAUGGUGUUCGGAUCCGUCAAUCUGGUUAUUGCCAUAGUUGUCUUCUGCUUCAUACCUGAGACGAAAGGCCGCUCUCUGCAGGACAUGGAGAAGGCUUUCGUAGCGAAGGGCCGCAAGGAAGGAAAAGACAACCCGAUCUUCGAAGCAGAUGAGCAGCCUCCCCACACAGACCCGCUCAGCCAAACUCAAAGCGACUCGCACGAGGCCACGACCGCCUCUUGUGCUUCGUCAAUCUCAUACAACGGGCCAUGCACACCCUCGAAUUCCAGAACUGGACCGUGCACUCCUCCAGGAACCCGUACCUUACCAUGCAUACCGCUUGAUACGCAUGAUGCCCGAUGCGCCCCGCGAAGCACCAAUGGAUCAGAAUCCAGAGGGGGCGGUAGGCUUUCUUCACGCAAUUCGUCGAACGCUUCCUCCUCUCCAGCUUCAUUCACAGAGGCCACAAUCCCAGCCUUCAUUGAACCAGAAGAACCUACAUUACAAAUGACUUAUCUGUAAGGGAGACUAAGUUUAUAGGAAGGCGUUCGAGAAGGUAAUAUGUUCCUUAGCUGCCUCAGUUUCCAAUAUUAAUGGAGAGGUGUCAGACUCGUUAACUACGGCGGGAAGUAUGAUAUGAGAACACAGUAUAUAAGCCAGAUAUCAUUAUUAUAAGUAUUUAGCAAUCACAUUCUGAAGAAGGAAUAUGGCAAAGUAA